AAACAAAAAUCGUUAAUAUUUAAUUGAAGAACAGGUUAUGUCUUAGUGUGUCUUUAGGGUUUCUGUAUAGUUUUUAAUUUCCAGGAUUUUCCGAUAAUCAAAUAUUUAUUUCACAAAAUUAUGAGUAACGUUAGGGAAAUAGUAAAUGGUAGUAUGCUGCUUGCUCAUAUCAACAAAAAAGUGAGCCUUACGGGAUUUGUUAAAGAAAAGGCACCUAAUGGAUUGUGGUUUGAAAUGAAAACACCAGAUGAUAAAAUUGUAAGAGUAACAGUGAAGACGCCUAUCGACAGUCAGUUAGAGGGUUAUGUUGAGGUUCAUGGUGUUUCAACCGGAAAUGGAAUAAUUGCAGAUGAAUAUUUAGUUUUUACCAAUGAAUAUUUCAACGCAAUAACUUACAACGCUGUAUGUCGCCUCCUGCAGACAGUCCCAUACAUGUGGAAAACUUCAUAAAAUUUUAGUUUUUGAUUAUUUGAGCUUUGUGUUCAUCUUUGAUUUUGUAAUAAAAAUUAUGAUUCAGUAA